UGGCAAUUCCAAAUACUGCUGUACAUUUUUUUGUUUACGUUUACACCGCAGUUAUUUUUGCAUUGCAUUCGACAGCGUUGCGCGCGCCUUGCGUAUUGUGGUGCGUUAGUGUAAGCGGCAGCAGCAGCAGUAAAAACCAAUUUGCAUUGAACUGUAAUUGCUUUGCACGGGCAUUUAAAAGUGUUAAGCCGCUACGCUCAUUUGUCAUUAACGUUGAUUGCCUUUUGAUCAACGCUUUCGCAGCGGCGGCUCACCUAGUUCUCGUUUACACACACACAGAAACACUCUGACAGUCACUUACUUUCAGAUUCAAUCUCACACGCACGCACACACCACACACACACACACACACUCGUGCAUUGACAUCUACAUCGCAUCCAAAGUUAAAAAUUCUUAAACAGCCUCUGCCUGCUGCUAUCUUGGCUAAUUGUUGUGCGGCGUUCGCCUCCAUUUGCUUUACAUUGCUGUCGCGUAGCCGCUGCUGAGACGCCAACGACAAAGCCAACGGCGACGCCAACGUCGACAAAGCCGUCGACACGUCAACAGAAACAGAAUUGGAAAUCUGUACGUAACUGUAUUUAAUUAAAUCACAAUUCUGGCGAGAUGCGUGUGAGCAACAUACGCAGCGGCCGCAUUUGCCGCUUGGUUCUCUGCCUGUUGGUCAUAUUGCCGCUGCUCUAUUUGCUGGCCAACUGGAGUGAUCACCACAAGCGUGUCCAGGAGGCGUAUCAUACGCGCUUCGGCGGACCCAAGUUCAGUCAUCAGCGCCUCGAGAAUAGGCCACGUGAGGUGCCCAAGCUAGUUGAGGGUCUGGGCAACUUUGAGCCGAAAGAUCUGAAGCCACGUAACGGACCCGGCGAGAAUGGAGAUGGGCACACGCUGUCGCCGGAUAAGAAGAACGUGGCCGAUGCCUCUGAAAUGGAGUAUGGCAUGAAUAUUGCCUGCUCCGAUGAGAUAUCGAUGCACCGUUCGGUGCGGGACACACGGCUCGAGGAGUGCAAACAUUGGGACUAUCCAUACGAUCUGCCGCCGACCAGUGUCAUCAUUGUGUUCCACAACGAGGGCUUCUCAGUGCUCAUGCGCACCGUGCACUCGGUCAUCGAUCGCUCGCCCAAGCACAUGCUGCACGAGAUCAUAUUGGUGGACGACUUCUCGGACAAGGAGAAUUUGCGCACCAAACUGGAUGAUUACGUCCUGCAGUUCAAGGGCCUGGUCAGGAUUAUACGCAACACCGAGCGCGAGGGUCUCAUACGCACACGCUCGCGCGGCGCCAUGGAGGCCACAGGUGAGGUGAUUGUUUUUCUGGAUGCGCAUUGCGAGGUAAAUCUCAACUGGCUGCCACCGCUGUUGGCACCCAUUUAUCGGGACCGGACGGUGAUGACGGUGCCGAUCAUUGAUGGCAUUGAUCACAAGAGCUUUGAGUAUCGUCCCGUGUAUGGCAGCGACACCCAUUUCCGUGGCAUCUUCGAGUGGGGCAUGCUGUACAAGGAGAACGAGGUGCCGCGCCGGGAGCAGCGUCGUCGUGCCCAAAACUCGGAGCCCUAUCGCAGUCCAACGCAUGCGGGCGGUCUGUUUGCAAUCAAUCGCGAAUACUUUUUGGAGCUGGGCGCCUAUGAUCCCGGCCUGCUGGUGUGGGGCGGCGAAAACUUUGAGCUGAGCUUCAAGAUCUGGCAAUGCGGCGGCAGCAUUGAAUGGGUGCCCUGCUCUCGUGUGGGCCACGUCUAUCGCGGCUUUAUGCCGUACAACUUUGGCAAGCUGGCUAGCAAGAAGAAGGGUCCGCUGAUUACCAUCAACUAUAAACGCGUGAUUGAGACCUGGUUCGAUAAUACGCACAAGGAGUUCUUUUACACACGCGAACCGCUGGCACGCUAUCUGGACAUGGGCGACAUUACCGAGCAGCUGGCAUUGAAGAAGCGUCUCAACUGCAAAUCAUUCCAAUGGUUUAUGGACAACAUUGCCUACGAUGUGGUUGACAAGUUCCCAGCCCUGCCGGCCAAUUUGCAUUGGGGCGAACUGCGCUCGGUUGCCUCUGAUGGCUGCCUGGAUUCCAUGGGACAUCAGCCGCCGGCCAUAAUGGGUCUCUCCUAUUGCCAUGGCGGUGGCAAUAAUCAGCUGGUGCGACUGAAUGCCGUCGGACAGCUGGGCGUUGGCGAACGCUGCGUGGAAGCGGACCGUCAGGGCAUCAAAUUGGCCGUCUGCCGCUUGGGCACAGUCGAUGGACCCUGGAGCUAUAAUGAGCACACCAAACAUUUGCUGCAUCGCGUCCACAAAAAGUGCAUGGCACUGCAUCCAACGACGCAGCAGCUCUCGCUGGGACAGUGCGAUGUCAACGAUGGCUACCAGAAAUGGCUCUUCAAGGAGAUACGUCCGCACUGGUAGGAGCGCCGGGACACCUAAGGCGGCAGCCAGGCGUUAAGGCAAUAUCUAACAAGGGUUUCAAUGGGACGUGCAUCAUGACCGGCAGGGGUAAAGUGGGAGGGCUCGAGGGGGUAUUCAACGGGGUUAGGCACCGUUUUAGACAAGGAAUUUAGUGAAAAUGAAAACAAAUGGAAUUGUUGUUGGUUUUAUAACGUACACACACACCCACACGCGUAC